UAUUGUUAGUGUCAAAAUGUGGUACAUUAAGUUCAGUUGGACUAUUUUGGUGCUUGUGGCCCUAAUUGCAGCAGCGGCAGGCUCCUGCUUGGAAUACGGCCAUUCUUGUUGGGGAGCCCAUGGCAAACGCUCAGGUGGCAAAACAGUUCUUACAGUCAAACAGUCACCUAUAUCCUAUGCCAUUGACUCUAUGGCCGAGCAACUCUAUAACAAUGCCAACAGCAACAACAACAACAAUGUGGAAGACGAUGAUGACGACAACAGCAAUAACAACAGCAACAACAAUUUACCCCUAUCCGAAACAGCCUUAGGUACUCCACACAGCGAGACAGCAGCAGACAUUCAAGAAAGGGAACGUAAUCGGAAUCGCAAAUGGACACAACUAAUGCGUUUGCAUCGUUUCAAGCAUCAGCAACAACAACAAGAACAACAACGUGGCCAAGGUGUCGAUGGACGGGGACAAUACGAUGCCUCCAAUAUGGCAGCUGAAAGUUGGCGUAAAUUGCAGCAAGCUUUGUUACUUGCCGAACAGGCAGAACAACAACAACCGCUCUAUGAACUUAGCACAAAGUAAAUGCACAAACAAAUGCAUGCAUGCACACACACACACACACACACACAAUGAUAUGCCAAAUUGAUAACAUAAUGCAAAAUAACAACAACAACAACUACAACAAUUAAAAGAUAUUUAUUCCACAAAUAGAACGAUUUGAACUCGCCCCAUUCGUUGCAUGCUGAAAGGCAUCAAUAGAGCAGCUAAAAAAAAAACAAAGGCAACAAAAAAUACAAAAAAAAAAACG